AUGGCUUUUGAUAUUUUCCUUUUACUUGAUACUAUUAAAGGUGAAAGUACUGAUGAUAAUCAUAGAGAUUGGAUAAAACUAUCAUCUUUUAGCUUUGGAGCUAGCAAUCCUGCAAGUGUUGGCUCUGGUGAUAGUCCUAUCUCAGGCCAGCCAACAUUGUCGAAUUUUAUGGUAACUAAAGAAACCGAUGUAGCUAGUGUUAACCUUUUUGGUGCAUGCACUCAGGGAAAAGAAUUAAAGAGUAUGAAGGUCGAAGUAUGCACUCAGAGUGGAAAUAAAAUCCCUAUUGUUGUUUAUGAGUUCAAGCAAGUGAUUGUUGCAGGUAUUCAAUGGUCAGGUGCAGGCGGAACUUCAGACCGCCCUGGAGAAAGCGUGAGCUUUGCUUUUGGAAGCGUCCAAGUUUCAUAUACUCCAAUAAAUCCCAAUGAAACGGCAGGAACUAAAAUAGGGCCGAUUGCUUGGAAUGUUUUAAAAAAUAAGCCAGUGAUGACAAGUAAACUUUAA